AAGUGAGGUCGGCGGCCGGUGGCUGCGCAGCUUCGGCGGGGAGCGCGGGUUGCGGAGAGGCGGGCCAGGCCAAGGCAGCGGCAGAGACCGGGACAUCGCGGCUCAGUCCUUGCAUCAGAGCAGGCCUCCGCGGCGCUCUCCCCUCGCACAGACCCAACGCCAAGCCCGCCCCGGGCCGGCGUGCGCUGGUCCCCGUGGCGCAGGCCGCCGCCGUAGCGGCGCGUUCUUGAAGUCAUGAAUCCUGUUUAUAGCCCUGGUUCUUCUGGAGUUCCCUAUGCAAAUGCCAAAGGAAUUGGUUAUCCAGCUGGUUUCCCCAUGGGCUAUGCAGCAGCAGCUCCUGCCUAUUCCCCCAACAUGUACCCUGGAGCGAAUCCUACCUUCCAAACAGGUUACACUCCUGGCACACCAUACAAAGUGUCCUGUUCUCCGACCAGCGGGGCGGUGCCUCCGUACUCCUCCUCUCCCAACCCCUACCAGACUGCUGUGUACCCCGUGCGAAGUGCCUACCCCCAGCAGAGCCCUUACGCACAGCAAGGCACGUACUAUACACAGCCCUUGUACGCAGCACCCCCUCACGUCAUCCACCACACCACGGUGGUGCAGCCCAAUGGCAUGCCGGCAACCGUGUAUCCUGCUCCCAUCCCUCCACCGAGAGGCAAUGGGGUCACCAUGGGCAUGGUGGCUGGGACCACUAUGGCCAUGUCAGCAGGUACCCUGCUGACCGCCCACUCCCCAACUCCUGUUGCCCCCCACGCAGUCACUGUGCCCACUUAUCGGGCUCCAGGAACUCCCACCUACAGCUACGUGCCCCCUCAGUGGUGAUCACAUGCAAAUGCUGAGGAUGGAGCUGUGCAGUCACAUCCUGGAUAUUCCACCGCUGGUGCUGCGGGCCUCGUGCCUCCAACCAGGACUUUCUUCUUAAUGCUCUCGACACUUAGCUAAACACGACUGGGGCCCAGCCCAGCAGGUCCCUGCACCAUCAGUCUCCAACUAACUCUGUGGGUUGGUCUUAAAGCAAAUCCUGUUUUGGGGCUGCCUGGUAAUUUUUUAGCUAACUGUAAUGAUAAGGAGGGAGUAUUAAUGUAUUCUGAAAUUAUAUCUAGUUGAAUGCAUGUUUAAAAAAACCACAAAAACAAAGCUUGCUCAAACUACUACCUGCGGUGACUGAUACAAAACCACCAUAUGCAAAGCCCAAAGGAAGUAUUUACAGCUUGUCCACUAACACAGUGUUGUGAUGUGUGCAGUCUUAAAAUUGUACGUGUUAAAGUGAAUUUCUUCAUAGAGCGUUCGAAUCUCUUAGGUGAUUCUUCAGCCUUUUGUGGUUGAUGUGCGUUGCCAGUUGCAGACACAGAAUCUGAGUUUUUAGCCAUCGGUUCCUUUCGCACUGAUUGUACUGGGAGAGUUGCGGGGCGGGGAGAGUGUAUGGAGGGCCACAGAUGCUGUGGGCGCUGCCAGGUCAGUGGGCACCCCACAUUUCCAUGUAGGCUUUGGGUCAUUGCGAUGUGGACAUUGGUAAAGAUGAUCAUGGAAGAUUAGAGUUGUGUGGCCAGCACAUUUAGCAGCAAGAGGCAGUUUGUUAGCAAAGCAGUUUCCUCUGGAUUGCUGCCUUAAGUUUUCAUUACAAAUCUCUUACUGGAGAUGCUAUUUUCUUUGUCUUUAUUGGGAAAGCCCUAUGUAGAAGUAAAUUUCCUUGGGAUGGAUAAUACGUGAAAGAGAAACAGCCACACUUGGAGGAGCCUCUCCUUGAUUUAGCUUAGAAAAUAAUGCCUUUUUUUUACUUUCCUGAGAAAUGAGUGAUUCAGCUGAAAACAUACGUAGGCAUUGCUGUUUUCCCCCCCACACACAAAGAAGGGCAAACAUUUCAGCUCUGUUCUGAAGAAAGUUGUAUAUUUAUGAACUAUUAAAAGGGAACAUAACUGUAUUUGACGUUGACUGUUGUAGAGAGGUAGGGCCACAGCUGUGUGGGGCCUGUCCACCGGAGGACUCACCCUCUGAGACCGUCUGGGGACAAGUAUGGGAGGUGCACAGGAGGGCUGGUGCCCGUUGCCUCUGACCUCUUGUGCCAUCCCUUCGUGCAGCUUGAGGGCACUCAGCACAAAGCAGGUACGGACAGCAAAGCGCCCGGCGGCAUCAGAGUGCAUUCACCUUCCAGGAGGAUUUGUUUUCUAAAGGAUUUUGUGUUUAAAAUAUGAAUGUUGUACAUAAGAAACCCAGGAUUUUUUUUCCCUAAAUGUGCCCAACUUGUAUUGAUGAGAGUGAGUGUUCUCAGAGAGUUGGAUAGGAGGAGGGGCUGUGUCCCCUCUCAGCAGUGUGUCAGGCAGGGUGGGGUAUGUGUGCCUGUCCCACCCCAUCAUUUCAAGUGCAGUGUGCUUUGACUGGGGAGUGGACCCUGCUCUUCUUACAUCCCUGAAAGCUAGAUCAGGGCUCAAGCUUUGGUUUGGCAUCCAACUGUGGUUGGUGAGUGGGACACCUGACCCCUGAGCCUUUGGUAACCCUAUUUUUUAUAGUAAGUACUCUAUAAUUUUUUUCACAUUUUAUUUUAUAAGAAGUUUAGGAAUAUUUUUGCAUGGAUCAUUGUAAAGAAAAUACUCCUUAUCCCUAAUACCUGUUAACAUUGUGUGUUUACUGAUAAGUACUUUAAAUUGCCUCAUGAGCACUUAACCUCUGUGUGGGUGGGUGUGGGUGGGUGUGUGUGGGUGUGUGUGUGUAUAUGUGCACACACAUGCGCAGCAGCCGUCUACCCCAGGCACACAGUUUGUGUCCACUUCUUAAACUCUGUGUUGGCGAUUCCAUCUGGAUAGUGGAUGGAUAGUGGAUGGUUUGUAAUAUCAAGAUUCUAAGGACUCCAGGGCCUGAACUGAGCAAGUAACAGAGAAGUCAGUUUCCCCAGUUUAGUGUAGUAGAUAGGAGAUAAUAGGGUUUUAGUGUAUGCUUUAUAAAAGCCUCAGACAACAAAAUGGGAAAACACGCGCACACACGACUAUCAGGGGUCAGUCGAGAC